GUUAAACCGCAAAUUGAUCUUAUAUGAUCUGAGGAAUGUUUACAUUAUAAGUAUCAGCAUGCAAAUGCAUAAUUUGCAAAAAGAAAACGACGAAAAAUUAAGUCAGGCCGUUUAUGAAAGCUAUCAAACAAGAAGUUGUUUGCCAUUGCUGAAAGAGGAAUUGAAAUGCAAAAUUCAGUGCAGGAGACUAUCGAGAGGUGAAGAUGAGCUCAAAGUACGAUUUGAGGAACAGAAAGUGUACAAGAUGACGGAUGCUGAAUUACAAAAACGAAACAGACGUCUCCAACAAAAUCGGCAAUCGGCUUCAAAAAGACGAAUAAAAGACAAAGAAUAUGAAGAAUCUUUACUGGCGAGAAUCAAACGACUGGAAAAAGAAAUUUUAAAGAAGGAGAAAGAAAAGAAACAACUCGCCCAUCAGAAAAAUGUUCUGUACUGUAUAAUGUUGAAGCAUAACUGCCGCCUUAAAGUAGGUUUAAGGCCGUCUUCUAAGAAAUUUGUAUCUCUGCUGAAAAAGCCCAGUGCACAGGGUGUUUUAAUAACCCAAGAGUGACGCUAAACAAGAGGGGCAAUUUAUGUUUUAUGGGCCUUGAAUAUGUUUAAAGUGAUCUGUUGAUAGUGCUGCUAUGAUGAUCAGAAUGGUUUUAUCUGGGAGUGAUAAUUUGCCCUGAUAUUUUUUUCAUUGAAUUAUCAUAGGCAUUCGUAUGUAAGUCACGACUUCGAGGGAAAAAGAUCAAUUCUAUAAAUUAUUUUCAAGGAUAUACUAUACGUUUUAUUCGGAUUGACAAAGAACAAGCCACACGAUUAAAUUUUUGGGUAGACAUUUAUUUGAAAUUUGUAUCACGUUUGCAAGGUUUUAUAAAUUAUAUGAAACAGUUUUCAGAUAUCGAUGUAAUGGUUAAUGAUGUAGGAAAUUUGAAUUUGACCCACAUUUCAAACGAUUUUUUAAAUAUACAUGUAUAUAUAUAAUUAUAUUGUAUAGUGUAUUGUUAAUUAUGUCAGCCUUAUUUUUACUUUGGCAGAAGGUUUAGCUUUUGCAACAUUAAUUUUUGAAUCAUAAUAUGACAAGGAUGUCAAGAACAUAAUAAAAUUUUGAUUUUUGAAUAAAAAAUGUAUUGUAGUCAAUCAAUUACGAGGGGUAAUCA